GACACACCGCAUCUGCCCAUAAGCUUUUUUUUCUCUACUCCUCCCGUUUUUUUCCCCUUCUCUUCAAUCGAAGCACCAUCGCCAAUUCGCCAACAGCACUCGAGGUAUGUCAGACUUCAGAUACUGUACAACAAUGACUUGAACAAGAUCGCAGGCGAUGCCAUUCUCGGAGGCUGGAGAGAGCAAUCACGGACGGUCGCAUUGGUGCGUCGACCGUAGGCGAGUCGGCACUUGGGUGUGGGAGGAGAGACUGGCAGCAGGAUGGAAUGAAGACGGAGGAUUCCAAGGCUCUGGUUGACCGACGCCACGCGAUGCCGACUCCCACGACGGCCGCCCGGGCACCGCCGUGAUACGCUUCUCUCCUUCGGAAACGAGCAGGCAGAACCCUCGCAGACAUGAUCUUGUCAAACAGGGCACUCUCCUCGGCUCGAGCCUCAAGGUGGCUAACGUUCCCCCGCGACCGAACCCGGCAGAUACCUCAUCUCCCCGUCACGAUUUGAGAAUCUCCGACGACCACACACAUCAUUCAAAAUGGUCCGCACCUCCGUCCUCAACGAUGCUCUGAAGAGCAUCAACAACGCCGAGAAGGCCGGCAAGCGCCAGGUCAUGAUCAGGCCGAGCUCCAAGGUCAUCACCAAGUUCCUGAGCGUCAUGCAGAAGCACGGCUAUAUUGGCGAGUUCGAGGAGCUUGACGACCAUCGCUCCGGCAAGAUUGUCGUCCAGCUGAACGGCCGCCUCAACAAGACUGGUGUCAUCUCCCCCAGGUACAACGUCCGCCUGUCGGACCUCGAGAAGUGGGUCGUCAAGCUGCUGCCCGCCCGUCAGUUCGGCUACAUCAUCCUCACCACCUCGGCUGGCAUCAUGGACCACGAGGAGGCCAGGCGCAAGCACGUCUCGGGCAAGAUCAUUGGCUUCUUCUACUAGGCUGGCUGGUUUGGGUUGGGCAUGGUUCGGCGUUCGGGGGUUCAUGGGUCAUGAGAUGUCACGGUCACUAAAAGUGAGGAAUAACCACGAGAAAAAGCACUCGACGACUUAAAAGAGUUGAACCCUUGCCCUAUAUUUGUUGUCAACUGCCGUAUAGUGAUGCAUGUGUGUUUACGGCGGGGUGCUCAGACGUCCUUGGAACCUGGAGGCGGUGAGCUAGUCGAAACUUUGGAGAUAGGUACAACUCGAGCGGUAGCGUGCUUGUCCACACAAUAUCCAUUGUCCGCACGUUAUGCGUUCUGCUUCUCUCGGGGGUACUUGGUAUCGAAGGAAUGGAUGUCAGGUCUUGUUCCUUGUUUUUCUGUUAUUGUUGUACCCAACAGUGCCAACCAAUGCGUACGAAUGCCAGCACUAGGUGGAGUAUUCUCACCUCCUUUUCCUUGUUUGACUUUUCUUUUUUUCUUCUCCUAUUUCACCUAUGUACUAUGAAAUGGCUAUUACACAGACUGGUUUGCACGCGGCACCAGAACAGGCGCAAUAUCAUUGAUGCCCCAC